GCCGCCCGCCGCCAACCCCCGCCCCGGGGGCGGCUGCCCCGGCGGAGCCUCCAUCUGCAGCCCGGCGGCGGAGCGGGAACAUGGCGGACCUGGAGGCGGUGCUGGCCGAUGUCAGCUACCUGAUGGCGAUGGAGAAGAGCAAGAGCACCCCGGCGGCCAGGGCCAGCAAGAAGAUCACCCUGCCCGAGCCCAGUAUCCGCAGUGUUAUGCAGAAAUACCUCGAGGAAAGGGGUGAAUUAACCUUUGACAAGAUCUUUCAUCAGAAAAUUGGAUUUUUGCUCUUUAAAGACUAUUGCAUGAAUGAGAUCGAUGAAGCUGUCCCUCAGCUGAAGUUCUAUGAGGAGAUCAAGGAGUACGAGAAGCUGGACUCGGAGGAGGAGCGGCUGUCGCGGAGCCGGCAGAUCUACGACACCUACAUCAUGAAGGAGCUGCUCUCCUGUUCCCACCCUUUCUCAAAACAAGCUGUAGAUCAUGUACAAACACAUUUAGCCAAGAAACAAGUGCCAGCCAGCCUUUUCCAGCCAUAUAUAGAAGAAAUUUGUGAUAGUCUCCGAGGAAAAAUAUUUCAAAAAUUUAUGGAAAGUGACAAGUUUACUAGAUUUUGUCAAUGGAAAAAUGUAGAGCUAAAUAUUCAUCUGACCAUGAAUGAUUUUAGUGUACAUAGAAUAAUAGGAAGAGGGGGAUUUGGUGAAGUGUAUGGCUGCAGAAAAGCAGACACUGGAAAAAUGUAUGCAAUGAAAUGUUUAGAUAAGAAGAGAAUCAAGAUGAAGCAAGGAGAAACAUUAGCCUUAAACGAAAGAAUUAUGCUGUCUCUUGUCAGUACAGGAGACUGUCCUUUUAUAGUCUGUAUGACCUAUGCCUUCCACACCCCUGACAAGCUCUGCUUCAUUCUGGACCUCAUGAAUGGAGGAGAUUUGCACUACCACCUCUCCCAGCACGGAGUGUUUUCUGAAAAAGAGAUGAGGUUUUAUGCUACUGAAAUCAUCCUGGGCUUAGAGCACAUGCACAAUCGCUUCGUGGUGUACAGAGACCUGAAGCCUGCAAAUAUCCUGCUGGAUGAACAUGGGCACGUGAGGAUAUCAGACCUUGGGCUGGCCUGUGACUUUUCCAAAAAGAAGCCACAUGCCAGUGUAGGAACCCACGGGUACAUGGCCCCCGAGGUGCUGCAGAAGGGCACAGCCUACGACAGCAGUGCUGACUGGUUCUCCCUGGGCUGCAUGCUCUUCAAGCUGCUGAGGGGGCACAGCCCUUUCAGGCAGCACAAAACCAAAGAUAAGCACGAGAUCGACCGGAUGACGCUCACGGUGAACGUGGAGCUCCCGGAUUCCUUUUCUCCUGAGCUGAAGUCCCUUCUGGAAGGGCUCCUGCAGAGGGAUGUGAGCAAGAGGCUUGGAUGCCAAGGAAGAAGCGCACAAGAAGUAAAGGAACAUCCUUUCUUCAAAGGCAUUGAUUGGCAGCAAGUCUAUUUACAGAAGUACCCUCCCCCCCUGAUUCCUCCCCGGGGAGAAGUCAAUGCAGCAGAUGCUUUUGAUAUUGGCUCCUUUGAUGAAGAGGACACUAAAGGCAUUAAGUUGCUUGAUAGUGACCAGGAGUUAUAUAAGAACUUCCCUCUGGUAAUAUCGGAGCGUUGGCAGCAAGAAGUAGCAGAAACUGUUUAUGAUGCAGUAAAUGCAGACACAGAUAAAAUUGAGGCCAGAAAAAGGGCUAAAAAUAAGCAGCUUGGCCACGAGGAAGAUUAUGCCCUGGGGAAGGACUGUAUCAUGCAUGGCUACAUGCUCAAGCUGGGGAACCCCUUCCUGACUCAAUGGCAGCGGCGUUACUUUUACCUCUUCCCCAACCGGCUGGAGUGGCGAGGAGAAGGAGAGUCCCGGCAAAACCUGCUGACAAUGGAACAAAUAGUAUCUGUUGAAGAAACACAAAUUAAAGAUAAGAAAUGCAUCUUACUGAGAAUUAAAGGAGGAAAACAGUUUGUCCUACAGUGUGAGAGCGACCCCGAGUUUGUGCAGUGGAAGAAGGAGCUGACAGAGGCGUUCACCGAGGCCCAGAGGUUGCUGCGCCGGGCUCCAAAGUUCCUCAACAAAUCCCGCUCCACGGUGGUGGAGCUGUCCAAGCCCCCGCUCAGCCACAGGAACAGCAACGGGCUGUAGGAGACACCCACCACCUUCCCGCAGGGAGAGCUGCUUGGUGAACCUGCAGAGCGUCCCAGAAUCCUUGCGAACGAAAUGACUUUGUGCAGUGCCGGAGGCGGGAUGUGCCUGGAGGAGGAGGAGGAGGAGGAGGAGCUCCAUGUUUACAGCGUUGGGAUCACGUCAGGACUCUGUGUCUGCAGCAGGGGGGGACCCUGCCCCUGGCAGCAGCAGCAGCAGCAGCAGCAGCAGCGCUGGAGGUCACCAAGCCCCGAGGCUGCUCCUUGCUCCACACCCCCGGCGGGGCUGCGUCCCUCUGGAACUACUGAUGGAAGGAAGGAAGGAAGGAUGAAGGAAGAGGCUUUGUCCCUGCCGUGGCCGGGCUGGCAGGGGGGUGACACUGCCGUGGUGACACCGGCGGACCGUGGUGGGUGCCCCCCCUCGCUCUGUGGUGUUGCCGUGUCCUCCCCGAGCAUUUACUGCUGACUCUCUCUGAUAACCUUGCUCCAUACUGCUGAUGAUCAACAGUGUGACUCUCUGAUGCACUUCAAAGUACUGAAAUCCUUAACUGUCCUGUGGUUUAAAUGUUAUUGCUACUUCAUGGGAGCGUUGAACUCGAAUUAUUCCCUGGGUUUGUUGUACUCACUAAUAGUAGCUACCACCAGUUUUGCUUCUUCUACGUAUAUGCAGUACUAUAACUGACACAAUAGAGUAAUAAUUGGUGAAGAGGAAUUUAUGGUAGCUUCAUCUAGUGCUCUGUUGUAUAAAUUGACUAUUUUAGCACAGUUUUUAAAGAGCAGAUUCCUUUUGACAAGUUUACAGUGAACAUAAAAGACAGUUCUUUUCCAUUUCAGGUCAACUGCACUUUUUAAAAAAAAAAAAUUAAAAAGAAAUGAUUCAAAUCCAGUGCAUUCUAGAGCAUGUGCUGGGUUCAGGUGUGUGUGGGUACCUCGGUACGUAUCCCGGAUCACUCCUCAGUCCUGGGACUCGGGAUGCUCCUCUGCUGUACACAGGUGUGUUCCCAUAGCAUAGAAAUCCCCCAAAAUCCUCCAAAAUCCCUAGAAAUCCCCUGGAGCCCAGCCCAGGAGGUUCAUGCACAUAUCACAGCUCAGCUUGGGAAAGGAUCUCUCAUUUUCUGUUCUGAAGAGUUCAAAGUGCCCACAGUGAGAGCAGUGUGAGCAAACUGAGCAUGGAGGAGCUGAUCAAAUGCCAGGUUUAUGUUAAUUCCACCUGAGGCAUCAGGGUGCAAAGUCUUGCUGAAGGAAAGAUCUCAUCCUGAGCUGUCCCACAGCUUCCCCAAGCUGGGUGUUGUGGUGGUUUCUAAGAGAGAGGUCAGGGCUGAAUUUAAGCUGUUUUUCCAAUUCAGUGAACAGCUUAGAGAGGAUUUUUCUUCCCAGCUGCAGAGGUGCAGCUCUCACAGUCCCUGGAGGGAGUGGAGCUGUGCCUGUGUCAGUGGGAGUAGAAGCUGUGCGUGGUUUGUCGAGCGUGUGUGGCUGUCAGAUCACCACAGAGUUCCUUGGAGAGAAGUAGUAAAAGUGGCUCUGUUUGCUUCUGCAUGGGAGCUGGGUUUGCUGCACAGCUUGUGCAAACCCUGGCUGACCACCCGGGGCUGCACCAAAGGGAAAAUGCAUUCUGGAAAAUACCCACCCUGAGAAAGUGGUUUCUUUCAGUGAUUUUUUUUCCCCUCCCCCUUUAUUUAUUUUCUAAAUUAUUCUAUGUAAACAGCACCAGGCUCUCUGUCAUUCCUGUUGAGCAUCUCAGCUCCUCUGUAAGGAGCAGUGUCAGAGGCGACUGGUCAAAGGUUGGACUUGAUGAUCUUGGAGGUCUUUUCUGAACUAAAAUAAUCCCAUGAUUCUUUGUGUGGUAUCGAAAAAAUAUUUGGGAUAAAAAAUGCCUCAUCCUGGCUGUGGUUCAGCUUUCCCUACAAUACCAUGCAAUGCUCGUAUUUUUCUCCUUGAUUUAGAAAAAGCCCUCAGAUGGUGUCAAAACCUUCUCGCAGUUCUUGUGUAACUUGUUUUUGCUUUCUUAGUCCCUGCUCAGUCCCAUUCUUCUCUUUCAGUUAUUUUCCAUGGCUGGAUUUCACUCUCACUCCCUGUCAGCAGAUUCUGGUUGUCAGUGAGGGAGGAACAGGUCAUCAGCUGGGAAAUUGUGCCUCAGACCCCGAGAUUUUAUAUGAAGUGAAGGCUGUAUAUUGUCUUAGGGAAAUACCUUUAUUUUGAAAUGUGAUGGGGUUGGGAUGGCCCUGGAAUAUUCUCAUUAUUGUGGUCUUUGCUGCCCCGUCCAACCUGCAGUGGGAGGGGCAGGAAAAGAUUUGGAUUUCUUUAGCCAGCUGUGAUUUAUUGACAAUUGAAAAUAGCUUUAUUUUUGUGACUUGUAUCUAAGUGUGCAGCUAGGAGGGGAGAGGUUAUCACAGUGACAAACUCCUGAACAAAGGUGGGAUCCUAGUGAGAGAUGGGGCUCUGUGUGGGUGUGCUGGUGUGGAGGGAGAGCUGGAAUUGCACCCUCCAAACCAAAAAAUCCUGGACGCUGCCCCAGUCUGCUCCUUCCUGGUGUAGGAACCAGAGUCUCUGAAGUUUUUGUUUUGGACAAAGAUUCCUGGUGGUGUUAAUGUGCAGGAGGGUCUUUGGCUGUGUGUUUAGGAUCUCUCAUUUAUUUGCUAAUUAUUUUGCAAAUUCAUGAAACCGUUAAAGGAGCAUUUACUGUGGGGUGUUUCUUGUGUUUUUAUUUUUUUUUCCCAAUCCUUCAUCCAAUUGUUGGCCAUCCACUUCUCCAAGUGUAAAUCUUCUUCCUCUUGGUUGUGUUUGAGCUUUUUUGUGUUCUUGUCCCCGGUCCAGCAGAGCCUCGGCUGCAGGCUCAGGGGUUCUUCCCAAAGUGCUGCUGUGAGAGAAGCUGGAGUAAUGCUGGAGUGCAUCCAGCUGGGAUUGACAUUCCUGGUAUGUUCCCCCACCCCCCAGCAGGCUUCAGAAAUUCUUGGAGCAGGCUAAUAAUAGCUGGAAGUGUGUCUGGGAAGGGAAGCCUGGCAGGUAGGGAGACAGCAGCUUGGGGGAUAGUGACAUCCAAGUUUUCCUGAAUUUCAUGGGGCUGCCCUGAGCACAGACAGGAUUUGGGCUCUGAUGAUCCUUUUGGGUCCCUUCCAGCUCAGGAUAUUCCAUGAUUCCGUCAUUCAGCACCUCCCCUUUAGAAACUCAGUGGAAGAUUUUCCUCUCCCACUUCUACCAAGGGGGGGAAAACCCAAAAAUUAAAUUGUGAGGUUAUGUUUGGCUUUGAGAUAAAUCAGGAUAAAUCAGGUGUUUGCAGCCCAGUGUGGAGGUGGUGGAAACACAGGUUUGUGCUAAAAAAAGAACUUGUUUUGGUUGUGACCCUGCCCAGAGGAGCUCUGGGGGUUGAUGCUCCCUGAGCAGCACCAGCCCCAGCAUCGUCACUCCUGGGGUCUGCAGGGAAUCAGCCCAUGAGCAGUGAAACCCCUGGAGCUCUGAGCUGCUCUUUCCCUGGUCAGCUCUGGGAGCAGGUUCCUUGAUCCCAUGUCCAUAUCCGUGUCCUGCAGCCCCUGGCAGGGCAGUGUCACCCCCAGCACGUGGCAGUGACACUGCUCCUGCGCCUCUGGGGUGUUUGCACCCAAAAUAUCCCCAGGGGAAGGACUGCUUGAAGUGUACAGUAGGCAAGAAAUAAUUCUAGUGGUGUUGAUUAAUAUAAGGAAUGAGUCAGUUCUGCGAAUUAAAGAAAA